UUUUGCAUUAGUAAUUUAGUACCACAAUAGUGAGUGGACCAAUGGUUGACUAAGGCGAAGUGGUUAGGGUUAGGGUUCGAUACUGAUCUAAUACAUACAAAACCCCAUCUCUCUUUCUUUCUCUCUCCCCAAUCCAUUCGCUGUGAUCGUUUCUCCAGAUAUUUCUGUUGAUUAUUGAGCUCUUUGACGUGGACUGAUGGACCAGUAUGAAAAGGUUGAGAAAAUUGGUGAAGGAACCUAUGGGGUGGUCUAUAAGGCCCGUGACCGUGUAACCAAUGAAACUAUAGCUUUGAAGAAGAUUCGCUUGGAGCAGGAAGACGAGGGCGUGCCAAGCACAGCAAUUAGAGAAAUUUCUCUCUUGAAAGAGAUGCAGCAUGGAAACAUUGUCAGAUUACAGGAUGUAGUGCACAGUGAGAAGCGCUUGUAUCUGGUUUUUGAGUAUCUGGACUUGGAUUUGAAGAAACACAUGGAUUCAUGUCCAGAGUUCUCUAAGGAUCCUCGUCUAAUAAAAAUGUUUCUAUAUCAAAUACUUCGUGGUAUAUCUUAUUGCCAUUCUCAUAGAGUUCUUCAUCGAGAUCUGAAACCUCAAAACUUGCUGAUAGAUCGCCGUACCAAUGCACUAAAGCUUGCAGACUUUGGAUUGGCUAGAGCAUUUGGUAUUCCUGUCAGGACAUUUACACAUGAGGUGGUGACAUUAUGGUACAGGGCACCAGAAAUACUCCUAGGGUCUCGCCACUAUUCUACUCCUGUUGAUGUGUGGUCAGUGGGUUGUAUAUUUGCUGAGAUGGUGAACCAGAGGCCAUUGUUUCCUGGGGAUUCUGAGAUUGAUGAACUAUUUAAGAUUUUCAGAGUCUUGGGAACUCCAAAUGAGGAUACAUGGCCAGGAGUGACAUCUUUGCCUGAUUAUAAAUCUGCCUUUCCAAAGUGGCCGUCCAAGAACCUAGCAGCAGUGGUCCCCAAUCUUGAUUCAGCUGGUCUUGAUCUUCUUAAUAAAAUGCUUUACCUGGAUCCGAGCAGAAGAAUUACAGCCAGGAGUGCUCUUGAGCAUGAAUACUUCAAGGAUAUUGGGUUGGUAGCUUGAUUCCCUGCACUCAGGCUGAAAAAGUGUAUAUCGAUAUGUAGCAUUCUAUGGGCUUUUUUAUUCUUUUUUGAGAAAUGCGUGUUGCUCUCACUGCAAUUAUUAUUAUUUUUAUUAUUUUCUCUUCUCAAUUCAAACUACAUUGAAGUGGUUUUUUGACACAGCCAUUAUGAAUUGUCUAGUUUAUUGAUGCACGUUGCAUUUUUUUUUUUUCUUUUCAAUUUCCUUGUAUCCAUCAUGCUCUUUGAAAGACACAAUGGGUGUGGUCCCUUUCUUGAAUGAAUUACUUUGGGUCCUUUUCUA